GGAGCGCGAGCGAGGCGGGCGGGUAGAAGGAGAGCGAGCGGCCACGGAGGAGCAUCGUCUCUCACCCACAAACAUAUUCACACCACAAGCGGGGGAGAUAAGUUUUGGCUCGAAGCUUGUUGAUUACUGCCCUCUUCUCUCCUCCCCCCACCCCCCCCCCCUCUCCUACCCCCGAGCUAUUGUUCGCCGGACUGUCGAGGCCGAUCGCGAGUGAAACGCGCGCCGCUCUGUCGUGUGAUUUUUUUUUUUAUUAUUUGGCCGGUUUGCCGCACCUGGAGGAGUCUUUUUUUCUCUCUCUCUCUCUCUCUCUCUCUCUCCCUACCCUCGCCCCGGACAUGGUCGACUAUCACGAAGCCAACUCGCAGUUCCAGCAGCCCAACCACGGGGACUACAUGCAGCCUGAGGAGGACUGGGACCGCGACCUGUUGCUGGACCCGGCCUGGGAGCGACAGCAACGGAAGACAUUUACUGCAUGGUGCAACUCUCAUUUGCGGAAGGCUGGGACCCAGAUUGAAGUAAUUGAAGAAGAUUUCAGAGAUGGACUUAAACUUAUGCUGCUACUAGAGGUGAUUUCAGGAGAGCGACUACCUAAACCAGAGCGUGGAAAAAUGAGGGUGCAUAAAAUAAACAAUGUCAACAAAGCGCUGGAUUUUAUUGCAAGCAAGGGAGUGAAGUUGGUUUCCAUUGGAGCAGAAGAAAUUGUGGAUGGGAAUGUUAAGAUGACUCUAGGUAUGAUCUGGACUAUCAUCCUUCGUUUUGCUAUUCAAGACAUAUCUGUUGAAGAGACCUCUGCGAAGGAGGGAUUGCUGCUGUGGUGCCAGAGGAAGACUGCACCAUACAAGAAUGUAAAUGUGCAGAACUUCCACAUCAGUUGGAAAGAUGGCCUGGCAUUCAACGCGCUCAUUCAUAGACACAGACCGGAGCUUAUUGAUUAUGACAAGCUGAGGAAGGAUGAUCCACUCACAAACCUAAAUAAUGCCUUUGAAGUGGCUGAGAAAUAUCUGGAUAUACCCAAGAUGUUGGAUGCAGAAGAUAUUGUAGGCACUCUCAGGCCAGAUGAAAAGGCUAUUAUGACUUACGUUUCAUGCUACUACCAUGCCUUCUCAGGUGCUCAAAAGGCUGAGACUGCAGCCAAUAGGAUUUGUAAAGUCCUGGCAGUAAACCAAGAAAAUGAACAUCUGAUGGAAGAUUAUGAAAAACUGGCCAGUGAUUUGCUGGAGUGGAUUCGUCAAACCAAACCCUGGCUAGAGAACAGAGAGCCUGAGAAAACCAUGCAAGCUAUGCAGCAAAAACUGGAAGACUUCCGCGAUUAUCGCCGUGUCCACAAACCCCCCAAAGUGCAGGAGAAGUGUCAGCUCGAGAUCAACUUCAACACCUUGCAGACCAAACUCCGGCUCAGCAAUCGACCAGCAUUCAUGCCUUCUGAAGGGAAAAUGGUCUCGGAUAUUAAUAAUGCAUGGCAAGGUCUAGAGCAGGCGGAGAAGGGCUAUGAGGAAUGGCUGCUGAAUGAGAUAAGGAGGUUGGAAAGACUUGACCAUUUGGCAGAAAAAUUCAGACAGAAAGCUACCAUUCAUGAAGAUUGGACCAAAGAUAAAGAAGCAAUGUUGACACAGAAAGACUAUGAAACAGCCACACUGGCUGACAUCAAAGCCUUGCUGAAGAAACAUGAGGCAUUUGAGAGUGAUCUGGCAGCACACCAAGACAGAGUGGAGCAGAUCGCUGCCAUCGCACAAGAACUCAAUGAUCUGGAUUAUUAUGACUCUCCCAAUGUAAAUGCCCGCUGCCAGACUAUCUGUGACCAUUGGGACACCCUGGGCUCUUUGACACAGAACAGGAGGGAUGCCCUGGAGAGGACUGAAAAGCUGCAGGAAACAAUUGAUCAGUUAUAUCUGGAAUAUGCGAAAAGAGCUGCACCUUUCAACAACUGGAUGGAAGGAGCAAUGGAAGACCUGCAAGACAUGUUUAUUGUCCAUACCACAGAGGAGAUCCAGGGCCUCAUUGCAGCACAUGAACAAUUUAAAGCAACAUUGCCAGAUGCUGACAAAGAGCGCGAGGCUAUCCUGGGCAUCCACAAUGAAAUGAUGAAAAUUGCCCAGUCCUAUAAUAUCAAACUGUCUGGUGUAAAUCCAUACACUUCCAUCACUUCGCAGAGUAUUAAUGAUAAAUGGGAUAAGGUUCAGCAGUUAGUGCCAGCGCGGGACAAAGCCUUGCAAGCAGAAUUUAACAAGCAACAGUCCAACGAGCACCUGCGUGAGCAGUUUGCAAGCAAGGCUAAUGUUGUUGGACCCUGGAUUCAGACUAAGAUGCAGGAAAUUGGCCGGAUUUCUAUUGAAAUGCAUGGCACACUGGAAGACCAGCUAAAUCAACUGAAGCAGUAUGAGAACAGUAUCAUCAAUUACAAACCCAACAUUGAGAAAUUGGAGCAGGAUCACCAGCUCAUCCAGGAGGCUCUCAUCUUUGAUAACAAGCAUACCAACUACACCAUGGAGCACAUCCGAGUUGGCUGGGAACAGCUGCUGACCACGAUUGCCAGAACUAUUAAUGAAGUAGAAAACCAAAUCCUCACCCGUGAUGCGAAAGGCAUCAGCCAGGAUCAGCUCAACGAGUUCCGAUCAUCAUUUAAUCACUUUGACAAGGACCAUACCGGGAAACUGGGACCAGAAGAGUUUAAAGCCUGCCUUAUCAGCUUGGGCUACGAUGUUGGAAAUGACCAGCAGGGUGAAGCAGAGUUUGCACGUAUAAUGAGUGUUGUUGCACCCAACAACACUGAUGAAGUGUCAUUCCAAGCCUUUAUUGACUUCAUGUCACGAGAGACAACAGACACUGAUACAGCUGAACAAGUCAUGGCCUCCUUCAAGAUUCUGGCAGGAGACAAGAGUUACAUCACAGCAGAGGAGCUGCGCCGUGAGCUUCCCCCUGAUCAAGCUGAAUACUGUAUUGCCCGGAUGGCUCCAUAUAGAGGACCUGACGCAGUGCCUGGUGCUCUGGAUUACAUGUCCUUCUCCACAGCUUUGUAUGGUGAAAGUGACCUGUAAUCUGAUCAUCUUUCUACAGCCAGCCCACUUUUAUUCCCCCCCCGCCCUUUCUCGCACACGCGCUCUCCCCACCACCGCCUAAAAUCAGUGCUAUAUACAGCAUAUUGGAGUUAGCACAUACAUCUGAGGAACCUUUACCGUACAUUCCAUUGUGUUCUUAUAUUAUGACUUUCAGUCUUAAAUCUAUGCAAAUAUUUCCAUUUUCCAUUUCUAUAUUGGGUGGUAAUUCUGCAAAUAUUUUUUUUCUCUGCGAACUGUUACAAACAUUUGGGGCAUAUCAACUGUUGUUCAUAAGUGCCACAGGAACGUGAGAAUCAGUCUGGGAAUUUGGAGGUUUUGAUUUUAAAUUCUAAAAAUUCCAUAGGAAACUGGGUCCUUUGUAUUUUUCCAAGUGUACUCGAUACUGUAAAACUAAAUAUUUUUGUACUAUAAAUAUUUAGUAUUCCUGCUGUUUUCACUUUCCCCCACAAAUCUAGAAGUGUGAUAAAGACGAGCUGCUUUGAUGAAUGAAUUGUUUUUUUGCAGCUACUACUAUAUAUAUAAAAAAAAAAUUUGCACCGGAUGGACCAUGUAUGAAUAGCACAAAAAUGUAUUUUAUCAUUACGAUACUUAGCUUUACAGUGCGGCAUAUACUUGAUUCCCCCAACUAGUAGUUUCUUUAAAGGGGGUUGGGUUACCUGGCAAUGUUUUUACUGAAAAUCAUGGCUGAUCUAGUUUGCAUUUUUUUUUCUUAAUUCAGUGUACCAGCAUGGCCCAUACUAUCCUCACUGUGUACAAAAUGAGUUAAGCCAUUGGAAAACACAUGCUCAAAUGGCUCAGAAGACACUCACUGAAGAGGCAGCCCUUACUCUUUUUUUUUAAAAAAAAAAUGGCUGGUGGUGGGUUUAAAGGCAGGUAAUGUAGUUGAGAGGCUUGGAUGGCAUUCUAAAUGAACCAUGAGGGUAAAGUGGUUUCGGAGAGUCAUCAGAACUCCAAUGAUGAGUUACUGCUGCAAUAUAGUUGCCAGUUAUUUAUUAUAUAUAAGCUUAUUAAACUUUGAUUUCAUUUGCUGUUAAGUGGCUUGAGUACAGAUGAGGCAUAACCAAAAUCUGAGGUGGGACCAGAGGCACUGGUACUACAGUAAUUAUUUUUCCAGGAGGGAAUGAAGAGAGUAAACCAUCCAUGGUAUUAUAUAAUAGGGUUUCUCCUUUUUAACCUGUAGCACCAGUGAAACCAUUUGUCAGAAUAGUGCAGUCACUCCCCACUGGGAAAUCCAAAUCACUACCAUAAAUUGUUGGAAGAGGCUAAACCAUGAAAAAGCAAGGGUGAUGGGUGUAGAAUUGCCCAAAUCCAGACUGAAUCCAAUAAGUCUUUUUUCCCCAGAUCCAUAAAAUACAUUGGAUUGUCUACAGUGAGCAAGAGUCGUGCGCACCUCAGGGUAGGGAGUGAAUUUGGAAUCAGAAAUGGGGCAUACUCUGCCUACCAGAGUCAAAUCAUUGAGUCGGCUGUUAAUUAAGGAAUCAGAGGGGUUUAAAUGAAAUUGUGCUGUUCCAAAUGUGCAUUCUAAAAUGUUAAUCAUGUGGUUCUAAAGCAAAACCAGGAAGUAUUUGAAGCUUAACGGGGGAGUAUGGUGACUAUCGGUUCCACUUAAGUUUCUGUACAUUGGGCACCUGACAAAGUUUAAACUUUGUCAUCAGGAGAAAUUUACCACCUGUUUUCCAGCCCCCCCCAAAAACACAUUUUGAUAGUUCAGUUGAGCUCAAAAUAGCACAUUUAUUUGAGGUAGAGAAAAGAUAUUUAUCUCUUCAUAUUUAAUCUUUUUUUUCUUGUACAUACUGCAGUGACCAUUAAUUUGAAUGAAAAGACUGCCUUUUUUAAAAAAAAAAACAAAGCUGGGCAUUUUCUGUGAAGGUACUGUUUUUGCAGGAACAAGUCCCUGGUUGAAAAAAAAACGGGUGCUGUUGUGGGUUUUGUUUUAAUUCUUUUCGAUUCUCCUUGCUCCUGGGAACUACUCCACAUUGAAUUAUUGCUGUGAGACACAGGCUGGCCUUGAGUUAGAGUAAUAGCUGCAGUAUUUUUUUUUUGGUGGUGAUGGAGGGCUUUUUCUAUUUACAUUAACAUGGGGACUUAUUAUACAGUAUAUAAAGAUAUAUCAUCUGAAACACUUUCAUGGACUGUAAUUACUGCUUGAUUUUAAGAGGAAAUAAAUUGAACAUUCUGAAGAACAUUCCAGUGGACAAAUGAGAUUUUGUGGAAUAUUAGUGAAGAGGCUUCUCUGAACAUAUUCUCUCUCCCCUGCUGUUAUAGCCUAUAUUACCAUAUUUCUGAGGUGCGAUAAGUGAGGGCUGCCUUUCUACAUUUGAUUUAAGGGUGUUUUCACUUGGUCUCUGCUACCUUAGCCCUGUUUGAUGAAAUAAAUCAUCAAUAUUUUUGAGAAA